ACACUUCUCCUCUCUCUCUCUCUCUCUCUCUCUCUCUCUCUCUCAAGAGAGUACCAUCAACUAUUUACUAGGGUUUUUCGAUGUUUAAUUGCAAAACAAACAUGGAUUACCCCAAGAGCUCCACUGGGAACUUUGCCAUUGCUCUACUCCUUACUGGGAUUGUCUCUCUCUGCCUCCCCUCUCCAUUCCCCACCUUCCAAUGGCCCCAACCACCUACUAAGGCCCUCGAGGUGGUGCCUCAAGAUGAUCUCGAAGCAGCGUUGAGCAAAGCAUCAAUGCCCAACAAGACUGUAAUAAUCACAAUAGUGAACAAAGCCUAUGUCGAAGGCGACGACACAUCGAUGCUGGAUCUUUUUCUGGAGAGCUUCUGGAUCGGAGAAGGCACAAGGGAGAUGGCGGACCACCUGUUGGUGGUAGCGAUGGACCAGACGGCGUUCGACCGCUGCAUUUUCCGGCGACUCCACUGCUACAAAAUGGUGAGCGAGGACGGAGAUAUGGAUGGAGAGAAGCUUUACAUGUCGAAGGACUUCAUCAAAAUGAUGUGGAGAAGGACUCUCCUUCUCCUUCGUGUGCUCGAGCGUGGCUACAGUUUCAUCUUCACGGACACGGAUGUAAGUUGGCUGAGGAACCCAUUUCCAAGGUUAACCACAAACCAAACAGCAGAUCUCCAAAUCAGCACCGACCUGUUUCUCAGCCGCCGCCGGCCGGAAGACAGCCUCAUCAACACCGGAUUCUACUUCGUCCGAUCAAACAACAAGACCAUUGCCCUCUUUCAAACCUGGUAUGCCAUGAAGAACAACGCCACAGGGAAGAAAGAACAAGACGUACUAUCAGACCUUAUGCGGAAGGGCAUUUUUAGGGAGCUGGGUCUUGAACUAAGGGUCCUUCACACCCUUUACUUCAGUGGGUUUUGCCAAAAUAGCAAAGACUUUAGGGCAGUCACCACUGUCCAUGCUAACUGCUGCAGAAGUAUUAGCGCCAAGGUGGCUGAUCUCAAGGCCGUCCACCGUGACUGGAGGCGUUUCAAGGCGGCCACCGCCACCAACAAGACGGUGACCGACACUGAUGCCAUGACUUUCCGGUGGUCUGUUCAUGAAGCAUGUGUCCGUUCCUGGAAUACUUCCAGGAAUCAUGUAGGAUGAAUUUUGCUUGGAACAACAUAAUACAUAGAUGGACAGAAGGUACAUAAUUUAGUUUGAUAUAGGUCCAGUUGUUCUCCUCAUAGUUCUGAACUUCUAGGGUUUCCCUCUUCAUAUUUUAUCAUGCAAAGCUUAAAACAAUGUAAAGAGAAUUAUCUAAAUUUGAAUAAAGAAAUAAAUUUUUAAA